AUGACUACACCGAAGGAUGCUAACCCGGACACCAACGCACAGCCUGCGCCCGCCGAGCCUACCCACACCUUCGCCCUUCCCGUCGACGAGAACAACAAGGCUACUUCCAUCAAGCUCUGGUCUGUCAAAAGGCCUCACAUGCGCGCAUUCCACUUCGCCUGGUCCUCCUUCUUCUUGGCUUUCUUCGGAUGGUUCGCCCUCGCCCCGUUGCAGAAGGGCAUCAGGGACAGCCCUAGGACGCCCUGGCUCAAUGGCGACAACUUCAAGGCCCAGAACAUUAUCUCCGUGGCAGGUACCCUCCUCAUGCGUCUCGCCGUUGGUCCGUUCUGCGAUCGCUUCGGCCCGCGCCUUGCCCAGUCCAUCCUCCUCGGUGUGUUCUCUCUCCCAGUGUUCCUGGUCGGCACAUCGCAGAGCUACGCCCAAUGGACGACCGCCCGUUUCUUCAUCGGGUUCAUCGGCGCCACUUUCGUCGUGACCCAGUUCUGGACGUCCCUCAUGUUCUCUGGUAACAUUGUCGGCACAGCCAAUGCGACGUCCGCGGGGUGGGGCAAUUUGGGAGGAGGCGUUACCAACGCCCUGAUGCCGCAGAUCUUCAAGGGUAUCCGGAGGUCCAUCGGCUUUGAGCCGAGCGGACUCGUCGAUUCGGACGGCAAAGAAGUGAAGUCUGAUUCGCAGCUGGAUGCUGAGAACAAGGCGUGGAGGUAUUCCCAGAUCAUCCCGGGUGGCGCUCUCAUCAUUAUCGCCUUGUCUCUGUUCUUCCUCUCCGACGAUCUCCCCGAGGGCAAUUACGCCGAUCUCCACAAGGCCGGAACCAAGGAGAAGACCAACCCCUUCGUGGCCAUGGGUCGUGCGGCUCGCAACUGGAGGGUGUGGAUCCUGUUCCUCCUCUACGCCGGGUGCUUCGGAGUUGAGCUACUGAUGAACCAGAAUUUGGCAACGUACUUCCAGGAGCAGUUCGAUGUGGAGGCAGGUCUGGCCGGCCUGUUAGCCGGUCUAUUCGGUCUGAUGAACCUCUUCGCACGGUCCCUCGGCGGGAUCUUCUCCGACGUGAUGGCGAAGAAGUUCGGGCUGCGCGGGCGCCUGUGGGCGUUCUUCUCCGUGCAGCUGAUAGAGGGGUUGCUCUUCGUGGGCUUCUCGCGGCUGCGCGGCAACGUGGGGGUUGCGGUCCCGGUGCUGGUGUUGUUCUCGCUGUUUGUGCAGAUGGCGGAGGGCGCGACGUUCGGCAUUGUGCCGUUCGUCGACCCGCCCGCCACAGGCGCGGUGUCAGGCAUCGUGGGGGCAGGCGGGAACUUCGGGGCCGUAACCGGUGGCUUCCUGAUCGAAAAGGGGGCGGAAGGGACGGCACGCGGGUUCAUGAUCCUCGGGUUCAUCGUGAUCGGGACGGCGAUGCUGAUCCCGCUCCUCUGGUGGCCGCAGUACGGGUCGAUGUUCCUCAAGCCGUCCGUCGAGACCAAGGUGAUUGAUGACGACUCUGCGGAGGCCGAGGUCGAGCAGACCAAAGCGUAA